UACAUAAAAGCAGCUGUGAGAGGAAGGAUGUUGACACACUGGACAGCAACUGGAGGCCAAGCCAAUUACUGUAAGACAGCUCGCCAACACAUCCCACUGCAAGCCAAAACAACACAAUGGCAGACGCUAGCUUCAAGGCAGAGUUCCUUCGCACCCACAAUGAGCUGCGCGCUAAGCACGGGGCGCCACCCAUGACCAUGAGUGACGAUCUGUGUCAGUCUGCUCAGGCAUGGGCUGACCAUCUUGAGAGCAUCAACAAGAACUCGAGCUGCAUGUCGCUGCAGCACAGUGACACCAAGAACGGAGAGAACCUCUUCUUCUCCUCCAGCUCCGCACCCAUCAAACUCACAGGAAAAGAAGCGGUUGACAACUGGUACAGUGAGAUUAAGGAUUAUAACUUCAGCAACCCUGGUUUUGGAUCCAACACAGGCCACUUCACCCAGGUUGUGUGGAAGGCUUCAACAGAGGUUGGUGUGGGUAUCGCUAUGGUUGGAAAUGCUGUCUUUGUGGUGGGCCAGUACAGUCCUGCAGGCAACAUCAGCAAUGAGGGCUAUUUUGAGAAGAAUGUGCUGCCUUUGGCAUAAACAUGUUGAGGAACAACAUACCUCCCUGUACUCUGCUACAUCAGCUAUACAUUGGAAGACACCAAUGUUGGACAACACUGAACAUUUUGAAGCUAUAGCCUACUCUGCAGACAAAAUAUAUCACUGCUAGGAAGUAUUAAAUACUAUACUACACAAUGAUCAGUGCUGUUCUACUUCAGUAACAGAAUCAUCAAGGAUUAAGUGCUUUGAUGGACUAAAGAUAGCAACAUAAACAUCAAGGACAGGUGCAUUAGAUAUAUCAAAAUGUGAGUGUUUGAGUGUGAGAAAUUGGCGUUGAAUGUUUGUAUUGUAAAAAAAAACCUAUAACAACUGCAAUGAACAGGCACUGAUACACAGUAUGUAAACUAUUUUUCUAUGCCAGUUUUCAGGAUCCACUUUCACUGU